AUGCCCCCCGUGACCUUUCCUCCCCCCACUCUGAUCCCUUUCCACGGGGAGGGGGCUCAGCCAUGGCGGCCCCCGGCCCGGACGGUUCUCGUCACCGGCUGCUCCUCCGGCAUCGGCCUGGCUGUGGCCGCCCGGCUCGCGAGGGACCCCCAAAAACGGUACCAGGUGGUGGCCACGAUGCGGGACCUGUCCCGGAGGGGUCCCCUGGAGGAGGCGGCCGGGGAGACCCUCGGGGUGACCCUCAGGAUCCUCCGGCUCGACGUCACCAGCGACAGCUCCGUGGCCGAGUGCCUGGGGGUCCUGGGGGCGCUGGACGUCCUGGUGAACAACGCCGGGGUGGGUGAACAACGCCGGGUGGGGCUGGUGGGCCCUCUGGAGGCGGCCACGCCCCCGCAGGUGCAGCGCGUGUUCGACACCAACGUGUUCGGGGUGCUGCGCCUCAUCCGGGCGCUGCUGCCGCAGAUGAAACAGCGCCGCAGCGGCCACAUCGUGGUGGUCAGCAGCGUCAUGGGGCUCCACGGGGUGGCUUUCAACGACAUCUACUCGGCCUCCAAGUUCGCUGUGGAGGGGCUUUGUGAGAGCCUGGCGGUGCAGCUGCUGCAGUUCAACAUCUUCGUGUCGCUGGUGGAGCCGGGCCCGGUGCACACGGAGUUCGAGCGGAAGGUUCUGGACGAGGUGGCCACGUCCGAGUUCCCCGGGGCGGACCCCGAGACCCUGCGGCACUUCAGGGACAUUUACCUGCCCGUGUCCAGGGACGUCUUCCACACCUUCGGACAGACCCCCGACACCGUGGCCGAGGCCAUCGUGUCGGUGAUCGGCGCCCCCCGCCCCCCCCUGCGGACCCCCACGAACCCCCUGUACUCCCCGCUGAUCGCGCUGCGCUUCGCCGACCCCCGGGGGGAUUUGGGGGUGCGGACCCUGCACAGGAUGAUUUACGACCUGAGACCCGCCUUCCACCUCAGCCUGGCCCUGCUGCGCUGCCUCACCUGCCGCUGCUGCCAGCGCAGGGUCACCCCCUACUGA